AUGGCAAAGGUGAUUAAAGAUAGGGUCACUGGGCUGAGCAAAGGUUAUGGUUUUGUCAAGUAUUCUGAUAUACCUCGGAGCAAGAGCAAUAUUGCAUCUACUACUACUAAUACUGAGGCCCAAGCCCAACAAAGCUACCCAAAUAAUAUUAAUGCCCCUCCUGCACAAUCCCCAUCCCAGUCUAGUAAUGUUUAUGGGACAACAACAACACCAAACACCCAAACAACAUAUCCUUACUCUUCUUAUUAUAUUGUACCUGCAACUACACCUUGGUCUUUAAAUCUCUCUGCAGACCAAACUUGUUGA